AUGCCAUGCCGCCUUCGGGGGUGCCGCCGCUGCAAGCGAUCCCGGGAGCAGCCCGCCGGCGCCGCUGAGCUCCCCCCACUGAUGUUUUCUUGCUUCUGCUUCAGCCUCCAGGAGAACUCCUUCCCCAGCUCUGCGCUGCCGGAAGAUGAAAACAAAGAAAACUGUCCAGACGCAGCUGUAGUCUUAGACGAAAACCAGGCAGUGCUCCAGGAUACCCAGACACCCUGUGAUGGCACGUUAAGGGUUGGAAUGGGGAACUUAAAAUCCAGAAAGCCCACCUCCAUUACAAAAACAGAAAAUGGGAAAAAUCGUGAAGAAAGUCAGGAGAUGGGAAAUGCAUUACCGUGGCUCUCGGACUGUCAAAGGAAAACGGGGACACCGGCUAAUGACUACUCUGAAAAUGCAGCUUUUCGAUACCAGGAAACAGUUAUCAAAUUUCAGCCCAGGACAGAUCAGAGUGCAUUCAUUUCACCAAAGGACCCUGCUGAACCUUUACACAGCUUCACAGAGGAAGAAACUCCUCACCUGCUGGCUUCAAAGGAUCCAGUCGCUCCCUCGGUCCAAAUUGGGGCACAAGCGGAUGGGGACAGCUGCGCAGAGCCUGGGCAGAGCUACAAAGAGAUUCAGACUGAUGCAGACAAUGGCCAUGAAGACCAUCACUCCUUAGGGACCAGCCGAUUGUUGUACCACAUUACGGAUGGAGAUAAUCCUCUGCUGUCUCCUCGCUGCUCCAUUUUUAGCCAAAGCCAGAGAUUUAAUUUAGACCCGGAGUCAGCUCCUUCGCCGCCAAGUGCUCAACUGUUCAUGAUGCCAAGAAGUUCUUCUCGGGGUAACUGUGAUGACUGCAAAGAGCCACAGACGAUCGCACAACUCACCAAGCACCUGCAGAGUCUUAAGAGGAAAAUCAGGAAAUACGAAGAAAAGUUUGAGCAAGAAAAGAAUUAUCGGCCUUCCCACGCCGACAAAAUUGCCAGUCCCGAAGUAAUGAAAUGGAUGAACGAUUUGGCCAAAUGUCGUAAACAGCUCAAAGAGUUGAAGCUCAAAAUGUCAGAAGAACAAAGCUGCCCCCUCAAAGCGCCCCAAAGAAACUUGCACCAGGACAGCUCCAAGGAGACCGUGAAGCAAGAUGCGGCUGGAGCUCCCAUGAGUCCUUCCGUAGAAGAAACCAUGGACGCCAUGUUGAGGCAACUGAAGGAGAAACGGCAGCAACUCAGCAUCCCUGAGAACAUCAAGGCCAUGACCAAAAAGCAAAUGGCUUUGGAAAAACUCACUCUCCAGAAAAGCCUACUGUAUUUUGAAAGUAUUCAUGGACGACCUGCCAGCAAGCAAGAUAGGAGUCUGAUGAAGCCUCUGUACGAACGCUACAGGAUUAUCAAGCAGCUUCUGUCGACACCGACUUUGAUCACCACCAUUGAGGAAGAAGAUUCUGAUGAAGACCAUUCCCAGAGUAGCUAUGAAUUGUCUUCAGCCACCUCGUCCCUCAACCUGCCUGCUGAUGUUCAUCUGUGCCACUCGGAUGAGGAAAACGAACCUGCCUUUGUCUCACCCCUGGAUGAGAAAAAGGGAAUGAAACAGCCUGCCUUGUCUAUGUCCAACCUGCACGAAGCCACCAUGCCUGUGCUGCUGGAGCAUCUCCGUGAAACCCGAGCGGACAAGAAAAGACUACGGAAAGUGCUGAGAGAGUUUGAGGAACAGUUCUUUAAACAGACAGGAAGGAGUCCCCAAAGGGAAGACCGCAUCCCCAUGUCGGAGGAGUACUCCGAGUACAAGCACAUCAAAGCCAAGCUCCGGCUGCUGGAAGUUCUCAUCAGCAAGCACGACGUUUCCAAAACCAUCUGAAGCUGCCGGCGUUUUGCAAUAGCAAAAAGCUCCCAGGUUGGGAGGAAGAAUCGCGAAAACGAUGUGGGGCUGGUUCUUUCGGCACAACAGCCCGAACUUCGGAUGCACUUUAUUAACGUCGCUGUCCCCCGGCUGAGGAGAGAAGUCGGAGCAGGUGGGAGGGCGCGGGUGGGGAGGUUGGCUUCUGACCUGCGCGUUGUCACCCAUCGCGCUGUCCUACACUCAGCCAAAAACGGGCAGCCUUAUGCAAAUUCAGGAAGCUAGUUUAAGGAAACACCCUUUGGACUCAACGCUCUUCUCUGAAGGCAAAUGGUGUCCUGGCCUAGAGGUGCAGCAACUGAGGGGUUUGUGAGGCGGCAGAACUCUGAGGUGAUAGAAGGGACUUCCCCGCUUCAGAUUGUAGGUAAAGGAUUACAUUGUGCCCACUUCCCUAUAUGUUAAUACUACUCUGCAUGUGGAAAACAGGUACCCCGUGGUAAGGACUAAGUUAGAGAUGUUCUCCCCCAUGCAUUUUUUUUGACUCUCACCAACUACCAUCUGAAGUGGUAAUGCCCAUUUUACCCCUUUGUAAUCCUGUCAGUUCAUUCUGUUUGUAAUGUGGGGGAAACUCCACAUUCAGAGAUGGCAAACUUUUGGAUACAGUGCCAGGAGGCAGCAGCAGGGGAGGCCUCGGCUUCUGUGCCUUGUUCCUCCAGGGUAACUGGCUGGCCACUGUUUGAAACAGGCUACUGGACUAACAGCCCAAUCCCAUUGGGGGGUGGAUUCUAUCGUGGAGGCGCCGCAGGGCUGUGAUGAUGUAUUUGCCUCGUCCAACAAUGUAAGGGGCACCCCUGCCAAUGAGGAGGUAAAGAUGCCAGCAGCUGCUGCCUCUCUGUUCUGCAGUGGCAAAACCUAGAAGGCCAGGUCACUGAGGAGUUGCACUGGCGUCCAAUUGGAUGCCUGCGCAGGAGGAGCGGGAUUCCCCGAGUUGGAACCAAUGUUUGUUGGCUCCCUUCCCCCUGGAUAUGCAAGCAGUUGUGCCACAGCCUGGGGCUUAAGCAUGCAACAUCCUUUGGGGUGGCGUCAAUCAAUUAAGCCCUAGGGAGGGCUUUCCAGCGGUGGGGUUUUUUUGGGGGGGUUGCUUCCACAUGCUGCUGGAAAGCCCCCGGGUGGUGGUGGGGUGGCACUGCAACAGCGCCAUCCUCAACUGCCUCGGGCUGCGGAUUGGGUAUAAAUGGACUUCUGGGUUGAUCCAGUGAGGCUCUUUUUCAUGUUAUUUCUACAGUGGUACUUAAAAUACAGAAAGGACAGUGCAGGCCUUUAAAUGGGGAACCCCAGAUUUUCUCUCUUCAGUUCUUGGGUCAGUGUCAGCCCACCCUUUUGUGGAAGUCUCGUGAAAGGUCUCAAGAAAAAUUAAUUUACCUGUGAACAGUAAACGACCUUUGGGGGCAGGGGGGGGGGGGAAUUCAAGAUUCCUCUUCCAGGUAACAAGCCAGUUCAAAUGGCAUUGCUGAAUCAGCCCCAAAGUUCUUUCUGUUUACUUUUGGGGCUCGCACGGGAUUUCUGGCAGGCUUUUCUGUAGAAAGCACAUUGGAUUCAGAGGUGAAGCUGGAUUAGCAUUUAGGUAAAGAGCCUUGCUUUCCUCUGUGCCUGUUGAGAGAAGAGCCACUCUUGUUGGUUGGAUUCAAGCAGGACUUUCGGUCUUGGCACCACCUGCAACAAGCUAUUCCUGUCCAAACCAGACUCCAGGAGAGUGAGUAGCUGGGAUGGUCAGCACAGUGUACUCUGGAGGCCUCUAGGCCUAACCGCAGGCUCCACUAAUUCCAGGAAGUUGACUUCACGCCUCGCAAAAAGCGAGUUGGCCUGUAAACAAGAGCCUGAGUCUCACAGCAGCUCAUUUUUCCUGAGGAAUUCACACCCUGCUGCCAUCCAAGAAGACGUGAACGGGGUCGCUUUUCAGACCUUGUCAGUCUCUA